AUGCAUCCCUGCUAUGAAUCAAAUAAUGUAACGUACAUAUUUACAAACAACCCUUCAAUAAUAUGUGUAUUAUUAUAUGUUUUCCUUGGUUCAUUGUCUCUUGUCACCAUAUGUGGAAACCUUCUUGUAAUAAUCUCCAUCAUUUAUUUCAAACAGCUACACAUCCCCACUAACUACCUCAUCCUCUCUCUGGCUGUGGCUGACCUGCUUGUAGGAGUUUUAGUCUUUCCUUUCAGCAUGGCAUUCACUGUAACCUCAUGUUGGUAUCAUGAAGGUUUAUUUUGUAAAAUACGAGGAUGUUUUGAUGUUACACUGAGCACAGCUUCUAUUUUAAACUUAUGUUGUAUUUCUAUUGACAGAUAUUAUGCAGUUUGUCAGCCCCUGACAUAUAAAAGUAAAGUAAAUGAUCGUGUUAUCAUAAUCAUGAUCCUGGUGAGCUGGGGAGUUGCAGCUCUAAUUGGAAUUGGCAUCAUAAUUGCAGGGUUUAAUCAAGGAAAGUGUGAAGAAAGUUGUUUAAUUGAUGCUCUAAUAUCAACCACUCUGGCAUGUAUUUUCUCUUUUUAUAUCCCUGUCAUUAUAAUGCUUAGUAUCUACCUGAAAAUUUUCCUUGUUGCUCAGAGACAGGCAAACAGCAUCCACAACACAACAUGUCAGGGUGCAAAGUCUGGAGCAACUGUCAGUAAGAUGGAGAGAAAGGCCACCAAAACUCUGGCUACUGUUAUGGGAGUUUUCCUGUUAUGUUGGACUCCUUACUUCCUUUGUAUCAUCUUUCAGCCUUUAACAUACAAUGUAACACCAAUUUCUGUGAUUGAAAUGCUUAACUGGCUGACACUGUCAAAUUCAAUGCUUAAUCCAUUCAUUUAUGCUUUCUUUUACAGCUGGUUCAGAUCAGCUUUCAGGUUGAUAAUUUCUGGGAAAAUAUUUCAAGGUGAUUUUGCUAACUCCAAACUCCAUUGA